AUGCCUCCGCCAACGUGCCUGCGGAGCUUCUCCCAGCUGUCCCUCGACUCGGCCGCCCGCGCCUCGAUGGCCUCGCGCGCCCGCGCCCACGCCCAGAUGGCCUGCUUUUCCACGUCGGCCGCGCGGUAUGCCAACCCAGUGUCCAAGAAGAAGGGCAUGGCGCAGACCAAGAAGGGCAACAAGACGCUGAACGUCAAGAAGGGCAGGAACACGGUGCAGGACACGGGGAAGCGCCCAGCCCAGGGCGAGCGAAAAGCUGCCCGGAAGCGCAUCGUGCUCACCAACGACAACGCCCUCGAGGUGGCGACGCUCAAAGACAUGACCAAAGCCGACGUCCUCAGCGAGGCCAACCAGGGCCGCGUGCUGGGCAUCCCCGAAGCGACCGUCGACGCGCUCCGAGCCGUGGAGGCUUUCAAGACGACCCAGGGCUGGAGUCUGUUCAGGAGACCGGCAACGCUGAUGCGCAAGGAGACGAUUGAGCUUGCCAAGGUCAUGAAGGCCGCCGAGGACGACAAGAAGACCCUGCGCAGGGUCUUGAGCGGCGAGAGACUGAGCGGAAAGAGCACCCUCCUGCUCCAGGGCCUGAGCAUGGCUUUCGUGAGGCAGUGGAUAGUCAUCAAUCUCCCCGAAGCCCAGGAUAUCAUCAAUGCGCACACCGAAUACGCGCCUCUCCCAGACUCUCAGCCCACGCAGUACACCCAGGAGACUUACACCGCGAGCCUCCUGAGCCAGAUCCUCAAAGCCAACAACACCGCCGAGAACCCCAUGCUCGAGAAGAUCAAGGUCACCACGAGCCCCGCACUACCUCUUGCGCUGCCCGCAGAUGCCACCCUCAAACAACUCAUCGAGCUUGGCAUAGUCAACCCUGAAGCCUCGUGGCCCGUCUUUGUGGCGCUGUGGCAGGAGCUCACACAGCCUGGUCGACCGCCCAUCAUGCUCGCUGUCGAUGGCACGGCUCACAUGAUGAAGGAGUCCGACUACCUCAACGCCGAGGUGAAGCCUAUCCACUCGUUCGACCUCACCAUAAUCAGGCACUUUAUCGACCACCUCUCCGGCGCCAAGUCUCUUCCCAACGGCGGUGUGAUCCUCGCUGCCACAUCCCAGUCGAACGCUCCGUCUACCCCAGCGCUCGACUUCUCAGUCCAGGUAGCUGAGGCAAGACAAGUCGAUCCCAGCAAGACUCCUCGUUGGAAUCCGUACAAGAACAUCGACCCGCGCGUCAUGGAGGCUUUGAAGGACCUCCACAGCCCCACGGCAAAGGAACAAUUGAAGCCGCUGGACGUUAUCAAAGUCGGUGGUUUGAGCAAGGACGAGGCACGUUCCAUCAUGGAGUACUAUGCGGAGAGCGGCAUGCUCCGCGCAAAGAUUGAUGACGGCUUUGUGACCGAGAAGUGGAGCCUAGCAGGAAUGGGCAAUAUUGGCGAGUUGGAAAGAGCCAGUGUACGAUUGAGGAUAUAA